AUGGGCUGGUUCUGGGCAGACCCCGACAUACCAGUCGUGAAUGCAAGAAGUGCGCCUCAUCCGAUGCCCGCAAAUAUCAAUGCCUCGCCACCGCCCUCAUGCCCGAUGCACCAGAGCACACCCGCCGUCGCCAAAACCCCAACGCCACCCGCCGAAUCUGCCUGCCCCUACACGCCCUCGGAUGCCGACGCCUCCCAGGCGAAGACCUCAUCCAAAUAUUCCAAAUACAACCCUCUGAACUACAUGUUCUCCGAAAUCUCCCAGGAGCGCGCUACGAAUCAAACGGUGGCUCUGCCCACCGAGCGCGAGCCUUCCACAAUUCCCAAGGGCACCGGAGAGGGCAAUUGGGAAUACCCUUCGCCACAGCAGAUGUACAAUGCGCUCCUACGGAAGGGGCAUACAGAUACGGACGCGACCGCAGUGGAGGCGAUGGUUUCCGUGCACAAUUUUUUGAACGAGGGUGCCUGGGCAGAGAUUGUCGAAUGGGAGCGCAGAUUCGGGCAUGGACUGCUGAAAGGGUGGGAGAAUUGCAGAAGGGGAGAGAAAGGCUCUAUGGCGGGCCAAAAUCUGACCGCGGGCGCCAACGUAGACGAGGUUGUGCAGCCCAAGUUGAUCAGGUUCAUGGGGAGGCCGAAGGAGAUGACGCCCAAGGCGGCCAUGGUCCAGGUCCUGGGGUGGAUAUACCCGACUGCUUAUGCGACGGAGCCCCCAUUUGAUCGCCACGAUUGGUUCGUCCAGAGAGAGGUCGCGGGCAAGAAGCAGGAGAUCAGAUACGUGAUCGACUACUACUCCGCCCCCGACGACGCAGACGGGGAGCCGGUCUUCCACCUCGAUGUCCGGCCUGCUCUGACGCCAACAGCUGCGGUGGAGAGAAUGAUGCGAUGGGGUGGCGAUGUAUGGUACAGGGCUUCAGGCGCAUCGCUCAGGGAGAAGGGCAACUGA